AUGGCGGCGGCAAAAGCAACGCAAGGAUUUUCGUUUCAACGGCCGCUCAAUCCCACGCCCACGCCCCCAAAAUCAGCUCUUUUUAAGCUUACGCCACAGACCCGCAUGCCAAAUAACUCCCAUCAUAAUCAAUUCUCAAUGCCAGUUGUCAAAUGUCAACAGGGAAGUUUUGAAAAUCUAGAAGCCAUCAGGAAAUCCGGAGUACAAUGUCCCCUCUUGUGUAAGGAGUUUGUGGUAGAUGCAUGGCAAAUCUUCUAUGCUCGUGUAAAAGGCGCAGAUGCUAUUCUAUUAAUUGCGGCCGUUUUACCUGACUUGGACAUCAAGUAUAUGAUUAAGAUUUGCAAAUUGCUCGGUUUAACAGCCCUUGUUGAGGUACAUGAUGAGUUAGAGAUGGAUCGUGUGCUCGAUAUUGACGGGAUUGAACUUGUUGGCAUUAAUAACCGUGACCUCGGAACAUUUGUGGUUGAUAUCACAAACACGAAAAAGCUCCUUGAAGGUGAGCGGGGACAAAGGAUAAUCGAGAAAGGCAUUACUGUUGUUGGAGAGUCGGGACUUUUCACGCCUGCUGAUAUUGCAUAUGUUCACGAAGCUGGCGUCAAAGCUGUUUUGGUUGGGGAGUCGAUUGUGAAGCAGAAAGACCCGUGCGCGGGUAUAACUCAACUCUUUGGUAAAGAUAUCUCUUCAUGA